AUGCAUCAUGUUUCUUCAGUUAAGACAGCAGGAUAUGAAUUGAGAGCAAUUUGGUUGCCAUUUCUGAAAGUCAUAGUUGAAAUGAAUCGUCUCGGAAUGUUGGUAGAUUUGUCUCACGUAGCAGUUCGAACCAUGGAAGUUGCUCUUGAAGUAUCAAAAGCUCCAGUUAUUUUCAGCCACACAUCUGCUUUUGCUGUUUGCAAUCAUUAUCGAAACGCACCGGACGCAAUUUUGAAAAAAACCAAAGGCGAUGAAUUUAUAUUGUUAACGAGUAAGACAAAAUGUAUUCCAGUGCGUAUUUCUGCUAUUUGGAUUUUGAAUGUUCAAGCAAGUGUGGAGAAUUUGUCUAUAUCUAAUCUGGAAAAAAAAAAUCUCAAAGAAAAUACAACGGGAAACGACCAUUGUGUUCACUCUACGAAAUUCCGUCACAAGUAUAUAUCAUUUGACAAAGAAGUUACAAGGAUAUUUAUUAUCAAUACAGACCACAUUGACCACAUAAAAAACGUGGCUGGAGUUGACACUGUUGGUAUUGGAGGAGACUAUGAUGGCGUCGAGAGAUUACCAAUCGGUUUAGAGGAUGUAUCUACAUAUCCUGAUUUAUUCGCUGAACUUGUAAAACGUGGUUGGUCGAAUGAAGAUCUUGCUAAGCUGGCUGGUGAAAAUCUACUGCGUGUAUUCAAAGCAGCUGAAAAAGUACGUGACAACAUGAAAAACGAGGCUCCAAAUGAGGACACGAUUCCUGCAGAUGAACGAGUAAACAAAAAUUGCUCCACGAAGUUUUAAUAAUGUUCCAGAUUUUUGUUUAAACUACAUCAGCAGUUAAAGAUAUUAAUUUUAAAGUCUAAUUCCUAUUUUAAUAUACAGUUAUAACAAUUAUAAACUACAGCCACGUCCAAUAAUUAAAAUUACAAAUUAACGCUUCAUUAAUACGUCUUCACUUCUUGGUAAUACGUGAUCGUUAACUAUAAGAUAUAAGGCAAAUAUUUGAAGUAAAACAGAGAAACCCACAUAUUUAACCAUUUAUACUUCAUCGAAUAAACUCAUCGGUAACAUUAAA